AAUUACAUGUUCUGAAUGUUCUGAUGUAAAAUUAGAUAUUUUCUAAUAAAAUAAACUUUUUUUCUGAUAAAACAAUUAAUCGUCAAAUGGAUCUUGUGUGGAUGAAAUAGUUUCCCAUUGUCAUAGGACAGAACCCGCUGGUAAAUCAAAAUUGUCUCUUACUACCUUGGCAGCCCUUGUGUGAUUUUUUGAGCCUGCCUUUUUAAGAGGGAGAAGCCGGCCCAUCGAAUAUUGUCUCUUUCAAACACAGUCCCCCCAAAAACGGCCUUUGACCGUUUGAAUUCCUCGGCUUGUAUUCGGAAUUUUACGGUAUAUCUUCUCAAAAUCAAGGAACACAUUCUACAAAGCAAAUACUUUUAUGCGCAGUUUUAUGGAUCGAUGAAUCGCCUGCCCAUAUAAAAGCCAGAAAAAAAUAGGGUCUAUUCAGGAUAAGCAAAAAAUCUUCAUCUCAAAGACGUCAUGAGAGUAAUUAAAUCAAUUGCGGAAAAUGACAUGGCAAAGCAUUUUGAUUUUUGUGUUUUUUACCCAACACAACAAACUUGUUUGUUUUCCAAACACAUAGCGCUAGCAAUAUUUUUGUAAAUGCUUGAUCCCUUUGUUUCAUUCAAUGAAGCAAAUUUACAACUGUAAUUUUCAUUUACGAUGCAGGUGCUUGAGUUCGAAUUGAAGAGGAAUUGGGUACUUUGAUUAAUUGCAAGUAAACAUAGAGUCAGUUUUAAUCUCGAGGUACAAUUUUGCGAAUCUAUAACUGUCUUCACACAGCUCAAACAACGAUUACUCUUAGUUGCUGCGCAGCAGAAGUAUAGUAUAUAUCAUACAUGUAGAAUAUAUGUCACACAACUCAUUAUAGAUUUAGUCUUGCACAUGCAAAUCAAUCAGAAACAUGCCUUUGAAACAUGCCAUCUUUGUUGUUUUGGUACUAUUUGGCGCAAGCAAGGUGAAUUCGAUGCUUGUAACACAAGGAACAUAUUUCAGGACAAUUGAAACAAAUGACGGUGACAAUUCUGAUAUUAGAAAUGACGAGCGAGUUUCGACUGAAUUCUUUCAUAACUAUGGUCUUGAUGAAAGCUGUAAGUAUAUAGGAUAUUCUGCAGAUGAUAAGAGGUACAGAAAAGCAUCCAGUGCUGAAGAGCUCCAGCAGGAGAAGGGUUACAAUCGAGUUUGGAAGAAGAUGGUGUCAUUGAAUGUCGCAUUUAGGAAACCGUCCUUUCAGUCUUCGGUUCGUUUUCUUGAAGGGAUCAAUUUGAUUCCGGGCUUCGGAAAUGAUGGAAACAUGACUGGAAAAUGGCAAGGAUGCAGUAUCACAGAACUGAACUACAGACCCUGGUGGCAAGUGGACCUUACAAGGCAAGCUGCUGUAACAAGUGUCCAAAUAAGAAGUGGCGCAACUUGGGGUACACAUAAAAUCAAUCCAUUCAACGUCAGUGUUGGGGAUGAUAGAUCAAGUGGAGGACGAAACAAUGCGCUUUGUGUGAGAGAUGGAACGUUGGCAAGUGGUGAAAACAAAAAGUUCGAUUGUCCACAGGUCCUGAUGGGUCGUUACGUUAGUGUUUAUUUGAACAGGAGGGAAUAUCUUCAAGUAUGCGAGGUUGAGGUUUAUGAAGAUGUAUUCUGAAAAAAGGCUCAGAAAUCACGAUUCGUUCUCUAUUUCCUGGCAAGCACGAAUGCAUUUAAAGUGAAAAGCAAUAUAUCUAGCUACUAGCAGCCAUAGAGGAUUUGCACGAUGAAUUCAAAAUGCACAAAGAAUUCAUGCUUUUACAUAGUAUGCACAUGAAGCCGCAAAAUGUAUCCAGUUGUAAUUUAUAUUGUUUGAUUUUCAUUACUAUUCAGUACAGUAAUUAUGAACAGUGAGUUGGAGGCACAAAUCUUUUAGCUGUGAGUUUUGCUAAAAGCAAGAGAUUUCCAUAAUAAAAAUCAACUUUAUUCUCGAAAUUUAUUAAGAUGUAAUAAGUAUUGUAUUUUAGGGUUUUCUGUCUAUUCAGUCAAGUAAUUAUGAACAGUGGGGUCGAAGGCAGAAAUUUCUUUAGCUGUGAUUUUUGUUUAUUCAAGAAAUUUCAAUUACAAAAACUACUUUUUUCCGGAAAGAUUCUUUAAUAAAACUCCUCUAAGGACGGAUAGCUUGAUGUUUUCUUUAAGCUUUAAUAUCUGUCAAUACAAUUUUUGACUAAGAAAAAAAAAAUCUCUAUUCUUUUGACUUUGUUAAAUAUAGCAAAGCAAAGACCACGAUAUAGUGUUAGAGACUGAUGUGAAUUAUAGUGUUGUUAUUUAAUUUAAGCUAUUAUAGUGUUAUAGUGUUCAGGGUUGAUAUUAUUCAGAAAAUUGAAUUCGAGCUUAAAGAAUCCUCGUAAAAAGUAAAGCUUACUAACUUAAAAGACAAGGUCAGAAGGAUUUUAUCAAUAUAUUCCUACGUUGCAAUAAUUAUAUACGAUUCAUGGAUCAUUUAAUGAUAUUAAAGAGUGAUGUACAAGAGUUUGUUUUCUAGUUUCCACAACCUUUCUAUUUGCUAUCCUUUACUAAUUGAACACUUUUUUCAACUUCCGUCUUGUUUUAUAAAGUAGUGUGUUGCUCGAUCUUGGCUCAUGCUACUCUUAUAGCAGCAGCAAAAUGCAUCUAAGGAGACAGAAAAACUAAUUGCAGAAGCACACAAAUGGACCAAGGCAAAGUAUGUUAAAUCUAAUUACGCAAAGCAAAGUAAAAACAAGUCCUUACAAACAGCAAACGCAAAGUUUUGCCCAAGGAGUCUUAAAACCGAAAUCACUGUCGAAGUAAAGCCAAAAUUCAUAAUGAAACAUGAAAAUGUUUCUGUUUAAAAUCAGAUUUUCAUAAAAUGCCCUUUAUAACGUCAAAAUCUAAAUACUUAGUUUCUAAAGACUCGUUUAUUCAAAAUUUUGAUUUGUUCGAAUUUUUCAUGAAUUCAAUUUCAUAAUAUUUAUCACUUUACAAGGUAUCUUAGAGGUUUGCCUUGUCAAAAACAAGAAUAAUAUUACACAGGAAGGCAUAUUUUCACCUGCAACAAUCUAAAACCAUCGGCUGCAAGGGUCUCAAAUUCCAUAAACAAUGUAAAUCAAAUAUUACCUAUGUUACAUGCAUAUUCCUUGCGAGGAUCACAAGUACAAUUGAAUGAUUAGAAUUCUGAGAAUUUUUUCUUGAAUAUUUGCAAAGCUGGGGAUUAUUUCAUUUCGUUUGGAACUGAGUUAGCAACAGCUUGUUCAAAAUGAUCAAAAAAUAGAAUUUCAUUUGCAUUUUAUGAAGGGUCUUUAUCAAAACUUAUGUAGAAAAUAUAUUUUGCACAAGUUGUUAAAGCAGUUCAUGUACAGAAAGUGGUUUGGAGCAUUCUAUAACAAAUAUCUAAUAAAACAAAUGAUUAUCAAGGCAAGUCUUCUAGCAUUAGGACUUCUUAGUCGUAUUCCACAUUUUGAACAAAUGAAAUCACUUGAUGGUUAGUGGUAAGGAUGCUCAUAAAUGUAUAGAGUGAGCUGUUUUUUUCCAGUAUAAACUAAAAAGACAAAAUUUUCCAGCUUUCUGAUAAAAGAAAAUGCAUUAUCAAAUGCAUUUUUUUUACAUUAUUUUAUAUAGUUUAAUUUUAUAAAAAGUAUUCACUUGGAAUUCAGAGCAUUCAAAAAUAUUCCCAAAGAAUUCACAAAAUAAAGAACUAAUGUUUCAAAAUUUUGAGAUUAUUCUGGCUUGAAUGCGUGACAAAUCUUAAAUAGUUUGCUGGCAGAAUAGAAAAACCUGAACUGGUUAAAAAUUGAGAAGAGCUUCUUCUAGAUGAGGAAUUCUUAUGGACAAGGAAUUUGUAACAUAUAUAACUUUCAUCAAAAGUUACUGAAAUUUAGAUACAAUCGUUAUAAACCAUUGCCGGGUAACGUCCGCCAUUAGCCUGGGUAGCAAACUGACCUUUGGACUCUAUGGAAGUCUACCGUAGCGAUGGUGAUUUCCGAUACAUCAAAGCCGUAAUUUCGCUAUCACGCUUGUUUCAUUCUCGCUCAUCAUCGUAGGCAAAUAUUCAUUCACUAUAAAGUCAUCAGUUAAAUGGUAAUCAAUUCAAAAGCGUAUCAGGAUUUUUCGGAUAUGGUAGUUCAAAGUUUUGAAGGAUUUUUUAACAGUAAAAAGAGCGGUAUCUGUAAACAACUAAAAUACGGUGGAAACUUGUUGCCAGAGCGUCUACAGGUGCUGAUUUGGGUUUGUCUAUCGUGAUGGCUAGCCCAAUUAAGUAGCUCUGUUUCAGGGCCGUAACUCCCAAUGGCGACAAGGGGGAAAUUUUUUCCCCAAGAAAAGGUAAUUUUUCUUAAAUGAUGCAUUUUCAUUUGACAUUUUCCCGCCCUUUUCACCGUUGUCGAAUUGCGUCAGCUUUUACUCAGCCAUAGCAGUGAACAUCAGUAGACGUGAGCUUUUCAUCGAUCUUCAAGCCAUAAAAAGGAAUAUACAAAGUACCUUAGCCCAAAAGAAAUUAUACAACUGUAGUUAUUUUAAGAGAAAGGUGGACUGCAUUUUCUCUCAGUGGAAUUUAGUGAUUUAUUUUGUCGCUAACACAAAUAUCAAUGCCGACAAGACAAGAUUUUAACAUUGGCUUGUAAAGGUAAGUUCUUAUUUGUUAAUUAUGUGGAUAAACCAACUUUUAAGGUUUAAAUACUGUAAUUUUUCUGUUCUCCCUCUCCCUAAAUCCUUCGUAACUAAUGAUCGCGGAAAAAAAGUUUGCUGAGUACAACGGCAGUUUUUCCAUGAAUUCAUCAAAGAUUCAAUUCUUUAAAGAAA